UUCCGGCGCUGGUGCGUAAACUUCCUGCUUCCGACGACAACAAUAUGGCGGCACCCAUAGCGAUUCACCUGGAGUUUGGGGGAGGGGCGGAGCUACUGUUUGGCGGUGUGAAGGAGCAUCAUGUGACCUUGCCCAACCAAUCAGGACCCUGGGACAUGAUGCAGCUGCUGGUAUGGAUCAGAGGGAACAUGCUGAAGGAACGUCCCGAGCUCUUUGUCCAGGGAGAUACUGUGAGGCCUGGGAUCUUGGUACUUAUCAAUGAUGCUGACUGGGAAUUGAUGGGUGAGUUGGAGUACAAGCUGCAGGACAAGGACAACGUAGUAUUCAUCUCUACUCUCCAUGGAGGUUAGAAUACACUGGGUGUAGAUGUCCACACACAAUCCCCCUCACUUUCUCCUAGUCCUAUUGUUCCGAAACAAAACUUGCUGGACUCUUGGAACUCUCAGCUCCAACCAACCAACCACUGAAAGAACACUGGGAUGCUAUGAUUUUUUAGUUCUCCAAGACCUCCGCCUGUAUUCAUUUCUGAUCUAGGAUCAGUUUUUCCUUUUAGAUCAUAAUUAAUACAAUUAUAAGGACAGGGUGGACCUGAUCCUAGAUCAGCACUCAGACUUGUUUUUUUUAAUAUGGGUGCUGGUCCUCCAGAAUGAUGUUUUGUGGAGUGAGGAGAAGAUUUCAUCUACGGAGAGGGACUCUAUGGUGAUGGUGUGGGUAUUUUCAGGGCCACAGUCAAAUGAAUAUUCUGCUACAGUUCUGUCUCCAUUCAAAUGGAUUCAGAAGAUGCAGUAGGACUUGAGCUGAUACCUUUUUGCCUUGAACUCUGCAUGUGAUUGGUCAAGAAUGUUAAUCAUUUACCACCAUUUGUACUUUUUUUAUUCACCAACAAAUUGCUGCUUCAAUCCUUCAAUUUAUGUUUUGAUGUUUUGAGACAAAAUGGAAAUUGAGACAAUCUGUCAAAAACGAUUAAUUUAGCUUGCUGCAAUGAUGUAAAGAUGUAACCAUAAACAAAUGUAUUUAAUUGAAUUGAUAGAUCAGAUUCAAAAAAAUAAAAGGAUUGCAUACUUUAACUCAUUUAAUACAUAACAAAUUGUCUAACGUUCCCUUUCAACAACAUCUUUCUGUUUGCUGCAGUACAGAAUAAAAGGCUACUUGGAUGACAGGUCACAAUUUG